AUGGUCUUGAAGCGAGUUUCCACCACUGCUGGAGUUUCAGCGAAGACUCUCGGCGAGACGCUGCAAUUUCCGUGUGGAGUUCGAGCUCAGAAUCGAUUCCUAAAGGCAGCGUUGUCUGAGCGUCUUGCCACUUUUUCGGCGGACAAUGUGAAUGAGUCGGGAAUUCCGACGUGUCAACUUCAUAAUUUGUAUGAGAAAUGGGGACAUGGACAAUUUGGGAUGAUUUUGACUGGAAAUGUGAUGGUCGAUCCGCUUCAUUUGGAAUUCCCGGGAAAUGCGAUCAUUUGUAAAGAAGGCGAUAAUAAUGAGAGAAAAGAAGCUUUCAAGAAAUUGGCGAAAGUUAUGAAAGGGGAUGGAGCCCUUGCUGUCGCGCAGAUAUCCCAUGGUGGCCGUCAGACGCCUUACAACGUCAACCCUACUCCAUUCUCAGCUUCUGAUGUUCAACUAAAGACUAGUCAUGUUUUGGAUGGGCACGGAAAACCUGUCCCGUUGACUGUCGAACAGAUUCGAACUGAAGUCAUCGAUCGAUUUGUGUUCGCCGCGAAAUUCUGCUAUGAGUCGGGAUUCGAUGGAAUUCAAUUGCACGCUGCUCACGGAUACCUUCUGGCUCAAUUCAUGUCACCGACGACCAACAAGAGAACCGAUCAGUAUGGAGGAUCAUUGGAGAAUCGCAUUCGAGUCAUUCUUGAGAUUCAUGAAGCGAUUCGAAAGGAGAUUCCCGCUUCGACUGGAUUCCUUGUUGGAAUUAAAAUGAAUUCUGUCGAGUUUCAAGAAGAGGGAACGACGGCUGAUGAAGCUGCGGAAAUGGCGAAGAAAUUAGAGGAUGUUGGAUUCGAUUUCGUUGAACUUUCCGGCGGCACCUAUGAGAAAUUGGUAUUCCAUCAUGAGCGCGAAUCCACAAGGAAAAGAGAAGCAUUCUUUCUGGAAUUUGCUGAGAAAAUCCGGCCAUCGUUCAAAAACACUGUGGUGUACUUGACCGGAGGAUUCAGAACUGUAGGAGCAAUGGUGAAGGCGAUUAAUGAGAACGCCACACAGGUAAUUGGAUUGGGACGGCCGAUUACAGCAGAGCCCGAUUUGCCCAAAAAGAUUCUCUCUGAAGAAGUCUUCUCUGCUUCCGAGCCCCAAUUCAGCCCAGACGAUUUCGGUGCCACUCUUCAAGCAUGCGGUGUCCAAUUAUGGCAGAUUGCUCAGACAAGCCUUGAAGAAGCUAACAAUGAUGUGAUGUUCGGCAUUAGCGAUUUUGGGGAUUCGAGCAUUAUUCCCGAAUUCUACGAAUCGAUGAAAGCCUACUUUGGAGAAAUGCAAAGGAUCACUGCGCUUGGAAAACCGGUGAAUGUUCCAAUGAGAUAUCCAUGGAAUUAA